AUGGAAGCAGAGGAAGACAAAGAGGCGCAGGUUGCUGCGUGGUUGAAAAAAAUAUUUGGAGAUCACCCCAUUCCGCAAUAUGAGGUGAAUCCUCGGACCACGGAGAUUUUACAUCACCUUUCAGAACGCAACAGAGUCCGGGACAGGGAUGUCUGCCUGGUAAUAGAGGACUUGAAACAGAAAGCAAGCGAAUAUGAAUCAGAAGCCAAGCACCUUCAAGACCUUCUCAUGGAAAGUGUGAAUUUUUCCCCUGCCAAUCUGUCUGGCGCUGGUUCUAGGUACCUGAAUGCUUUGGUUGACAGUGCAGUGGCCCUUGAAACAAAGGAUUCCUCACUAGCUAGUUUUAUCCCCGCAGUGAAUGAUUUGACGUCUGAUCUUUUCCGUACCAAAUCCAAAAAUGAAGAAAUCAAGCUUGAAUUGGCGAAACUUGAAAAAAAUCUAACUGCAACUUUAGUGUUGGAAAAAUGUCUACGAGAGGAUCUAAAGAAGGCAGAGUUGCAUCUGUCUACGGAAAGGGCCAAAGUUGACCAUCGUCUUCAGAACAUGGAUUUCCUAAAAGCAAAGUCAGAGGAGUUCAGAUUUGGAAUCAAAGCUGCAGAGGAGCAACUUUCCACCAGAGGCAUGGAUGCUUCUCUGUCUCACCAGUCUCUCGUAGCGCUCUCAGAGAAAUUGGCAGAACUAAAACGACAGACAAUACCUUUGAAGAAAAAAUUGGAGUCCUAUUUAGAUUUAAUGCCGAAUCCGUCGCUUGCUCAGGUGAAAAUUGAAGAAGCAAAGCGGGAACUAGAUACCAUUGAAGCUGAGCUUACAAAGAAAGUAGAUAUGAUGGAACUGUGACCAGAGUCCAGUAAGCUUCAUCGUCCCUAACAAAGUAAAUUGAAUAG